AUGGCCACCUUGGUUGGAUCCGAUUUGGACCUCGACUCUCGUCAUGUUCUCACUUUAAACUUACAUUCAGAUUUCAGUGAGGCCUCAUUGAUCAGAGAUUUUACUGAUUAUAAAGUCUAUCUGACUGGGGAUAGUGAAAGUCUUCUUGCUGGAAACAAUACAAUAUUACUGGUCAAGGGUGGGUUAGUCACUCGAAAUCUCAAAUUUGACUCACAAAUCAUUAAUUGCUUCUUCACCAGUCUGAAUGGAGAUCAGGGAGGCUUGAAAAAGGAGAAGGUUUUGGUAGUUGUCCUCAAAGAACAGAUUUGUGUGUAUGAAAAAGGUGGGCGCUCUCAAAUUGUUAGUUUUCCGUUCCACAUCAGGGGGGCAUUCAGCUUUGAGAAUGGUCUAGUCAUCGGAAAAGAGUUCGAAGGUCCAAUGUUACAUCCGAACAAUACCACACAAAAUGUCCAGUCCCCAACCUUAUACUCUGCCGGACUCCCACCCAUCUCGGCGACCUCGAGCACAAUAGGAGCAAAUGAAAGCAACUUCCUUACGUUGUUAGAUUCAUUGGGUGAACUGGGAUCAAUUGUCUCAUCUUCAACAACUUCCUUCAGCACAAAAGAAGAAUUGGUUUCAUUCCCUUCAACAUCAUUGCACUCAAUUGCAACGACAUAUAAUCCGAUUGAGAAGACCAUCACAAUAUACCACACAAGAUUCUUGAAUAGAAGCAAAAGUUCAAGGGUCAGCUCUUAUUCUUAUCACAACCUACCAAAGCGAACAAGCAGGAAAUCGUCCCACAGGAGCCAGAGUAAUGCGUCCACUGCAAAUAACUCCUCCGGAGUGAACAAGAAUGGCACAUCUAAUGCUACUCCGAGUGGUUCCAAGAAUCUGGAGGAUCCGGUUAUGGAAGCUAAACAGUUUCGUUCCACGUCUGAUGUUAUGUCAUAUGAUAGAAUGGCUUCUGGAAGCGAACUUCAUAACGACAACAGCAGCUUUUAUCUCUCCCCCGGGCAUCAUCAAUUCGAAACCGCAAAAUUGAGGAAGGACGUAAUUUUCACGAAGCUUAGCUCGAUAGAGUUUGAAGAUGAUCUUAGGUAUCUGAAGAUCUUUAACAUUGCAUACAAUGAUCAAGAAGCUAUCGUGGUUUGCAACUCAAAAGACAAAAGCAUAGAAUUUAUCAUCUUCGACAACCCAGGCAAUUCAGUGAGCUUGCCAUCGUUCAAACUCACAUAUUCCCUACAAGCACUGGAUGCCGUCCCAUUCAGUACCACUGCGGAACACCCAGGCUAUAUCGUUAUGCUCUAUGAUAACUCACAUGUCGUGCUUGUGAACCCAUUUCUUGGGACUUUAUCUUCGAGAAUCGAUCUGUCAUCUCAACUACCCCCUAUCAAGCGCCUUGACGAUAGUUUCGGGUCUACGCUUUCCGUUCACUGCAUUGACAAUAAGCAUUAUACACUUAAUUUGACCCUGGAGCCAGAAGAUAAACUAAUAACGACGCUUAUUCAAAUUCUCAAAUAUCUUGCAAAUUCAUAUACGUAUGAAUUCUUUUGGCUACAAUGGUGUUCCAAUUGCUCAUUGGAUAUACCUCAUAAUAACAACUGGAAAACGUUCGUCGUCACAUUGCUUUCACUCAUCAUUCCGGAGGAUUUCACAAUCGAUGAAGCUAUAAUAUCCAAGAAUGAAAUAUGCUCCUUGCUACCAUAUGUCAAGCUCGCAAAAACGAAUAUCGAGAAACUUUCAACUAGUUCUCAUUCAGGAGGUGCUCAAAUUCUCACCGAGCUUGCUCCCUCAAUAUUGCUAUCCUUGCAUUUGGUUAGAGAGGAGUUGAGACUCAACGUCUUGGCAGGGGAGAAAAUGGGUCAACUAUCACUGUUAUUAGCCCAGACCGUAUCUUGGAUGGGUUGGUCCGAAGCUUGGUUCAGAUAUUACAAGAUCGAUUCUCAUAAUGUCGAUCGUCAAGUGCGAUUUUUAUCAGCGCAGCCUCUCAUGACUCCUCCAAAUCUAUUUGAAUCGCUCGCAAGCCUUUUUGCCUACACAAUCACACCUUACAUUACCUUUUCUCAGAUUUCAGAAGAAGAUGAGUCAAUUGACGAGCUCAUAAUCCCACGAACGUUUUAUGUGCUGAGACUGUUCGAAGCAUUAGUGUCACCGGAGUUUGAAUCGUCUGACGUGGUAAAUAUGAUGGUCGAUUACAAUAUUAGCCGUUCUGAUCUUGAAACUUUUCCAGCAGGCGUUUACCUUCCUCUCAAAAAUGCAAUAAUCAACUGUGGAGAAUCUGCUUUUCAAUGGAAUGCAGGCAAAUCUGAGCUUGAGUUAAUCGGACGUAAGGAUUUACUAUCGUUUACUGAAACCAACCCCAAGGAUGCCUUGAGUUUCAAGAAAUCUUUUUCUGAUCACCCUCAGAAAGAUAUGACCCAAAUUUUGAAGUUUGUGAACGAUAACGAGGCCAUUAGCGCGUGGGAUGGUCAAGCCGAAGCCGACCGAUUACAGGUUACCAAACUGAUAUUUUCUGAGGAUAGGAGAUUUUAUGAACUGACAAAAUUAUUGCAAACUUCAAGAGUUCAAACGGCCACUUUGCAUUCAGAACCUGGAAUUGAUGACCAUGAGAAACUGAUCCAGCAGAGGGCACUAGGGUCGAAAGUUGCUUUACGAACUUUAACCAUGCCACUAGGAAGAGGAGCGGUAUUCGCAUCCAGCAGAAAACCUCUCAUGACUGAAAGAUUUCCUAUUCCCAAAAUGAACUUCAACUCCCUUAUCUUGCCUGACAUGAUCAACGUCAGUUUAGAGAAAGAUUCGCUUGACCAAGACAUGUAUGACUGGGGAUAUUUCCAUAAUGGAGCGUCAGCGGGCCUUACCAUUUCGAGAGACUCAACACAAAUAAAUGGAAGCUGGAUUGUUUUCAAUCGGCCGCCAGUCUUAAAUGCUCAACACGCUGGAUUCCUUUUAGGUCUGGGACUAAAUGGUCACUUAAAAAAGCUUGAAGAGUGGCACAUCUAUAACUAUCUCGGACCAAAGCACAACUAUACGAGUGUGGGUUUAUUACUGGGUAUGGCCGCUAGUUUGAAAGGCUCGAUGGAUAUCAAGUUGACCAAGGUGCUCUCUGUUCACGUGGUUGCCCUUCUUCCAGCAGGGUCAACCAACUUGAAUGUCCAAUUGCCCGUUCAGACUGCUGGAUUAAUUGGUGUUGGAUUGUUGUAUCUGGAGUCGCAGCAUAGAAGGAUGACGGAAGUCCUUCUAUCUCAAAUUAGCUCUACCCUGGUCUACACCGAGAAAGAGUUUGUUAGCGAAGGAUACAGACUGGCCGGUGGAAUAGCGCUCGGCUAUGUUAACCUUGGUAAGGGAGAAAAUCUGAAAGCCACAAAUGAUACCCAUGUUAUAGACAGGCUGUUUUCAAUGGCAGUUUCAUUGAGAGAUAUUCAAACUGCAGACGAGUUUGACAAAUCCUGUGGAGGUGCAAUUAUGGCCCUCACCUUGAUGUUCCUAAGGACAGAGAACCAGGAAAUUGCUGAAAAACUUGCUAUUCCGCGUACCAUGCAACUUCUUGAUUACAUCAGGCCAGACUUCUUAAUGUUAAGAUGUCUUGGUACAAACAUAAUUUUGUGGGAUCAAAUCGAAACAGGCAGGGAGUGGGUUGAAAGCCAGAUACCACCUUGCAUGACUGAAAUGUACACUGUUGAAACGAUUCAUGAACUGGACAGCGAUUUCCUUCCUUAUUUGAAUGUCCUAGGAGGCGUGCUCUUGUCAAUUGCUAUAAAAUAUGCUUCAACAGGAAACCCAGAGGCCAAAGAAACGCUCUCUUUCUACUUUGACAAGCUAAUGAAAGUUUGUUCACUGGAAGCAAAGAAAUAUGACGAACGAAUUGCUUUAAUAGGAGCGGAAAAUAUCAGAGAUGUUGUGAUUCUUGGGUUGUCGCUGGUCACAGCAGGCAGUGGUGACUUGGAUGUUUUCCGAAAUCUGCGUUAUCUACAAGGAGUUGUGGAUGAUACAAUGAAUUAUGGAAACUACAUGGCAAUCAAUACCGCUCUGGGAAUGCUCUUCUUGGGAGGAGGCCAAAAAGCUUUCAGAAAAGAUAAUCUUGGAAUUGCAGCUCUGCUAACAGCGAUCUAUCCUGUUUACGGAACCAAUACUUAUUCAAGCGGAAAUGAGAGUUCUGAAAUCUACCUGCAGGCUCUGAGGCACUUUUGGGCUUUAGCUGUGGAGAACAGAUGUCUGAAUGUUCGAGAUGUUGAUACGAAACAGCCUAUCAAAGUUGAAGUCCAGAUAGAGACCGAGUUGGGUACCAUAUUUAACCUUCAAACACCGUGCCUGAGCCCAGAAUUAAGUACAAUAUCGAGAAUAAGGGUUGUUGAUCCUGACAAGAAAUACUUCCCGGUGACUCUUGACUUUGAAGAGGAAGGUACAUUGGAGUCAUUUAUCGAAGCCCAACUGAACAUAUUUGUAUAUCGGAGGAGGGAGCAUCAAGAUUUGCGACUACCUUUUACAGAAAUUGUGCGACAGUUAGACACAGAAGAAGAUGAAGAGCAGGAACAAGGAUGUAUCAAGGAGCUUGAAAGUUUAUCAAUUUUCAAGAAGCUGUCCUCUUUUGAGAGAUCGGACUUAUUGGGAAGUAACAAUAAGGAGCAGCGAGCACAAUCUACGAUUAUUGACUUCAAACUGGAGGUGGAACGACUUGCCACAAAUCCACAGACCAUAAACGACUUAUGGAACUUAAAACUGUUGUUUAACUUUGUGAACAACCUUGGAAAGUACGGCGAGUUAGGAACAUCAAAAGAAUCCAGUGAGAUGUCGAUGUCCGAGAAAGCAGACGAGUUUUCAGGACGGGCUCCAUCAGAACUGAGUUUCCUGAACGUCAAGUUCAUUGAGGAGCUGAAGAAUGAUCUGUGGCUUUGCAUACAAAAUUCAAGUAAUUGA